GGAAACGACCAAUGUUAAUAUCUCACACGUCACUCGUUCUUUCUAAAACACCAACAUAGACCGUCCAAAAUAUCUUAGCCGACAAAAAAAAGCAAACGCAAAAUAAAAAGUCAUCGGUCGUAAUACCGUUUGAUGCAUUUUCCACAGGAUAUAAGUACGAUAAGUGCAUCUGUUCUACAUUAUAAGAGACAUUCGGUCUCAUGCUAUCGCAGCACGGUUGCAGUGGAAACAAGAGUCUGCUAACUAGCUGUAGCUAGAAGGCUAACCACUGGAAAACAGCGCAGAGCUGCUGGGGUACAUGAACGAGGGGGGCAGGGUGGGAGAGAGUAUAGCAGGCCCUGUUCAUCUUGACCAGGCUAAAAGAUGGAUGCGUAGUGAGAAGAGUGGCAUCACAACAUCACAGCCCCCAAGAAUGAUAUUAGAGGAUUUUGCUUCCAGCUAUGGAAAAAAAGAAAAAUAUAUUAAUUGAAACUUGGAAACAGAGAUGUAAGCCACUUUUGUCAGAGUGGAUUAAGAAUUAAUAGAUAUUGAAUGUAAUGAAGCCAACCCAUGGGAUUUGGAGGGAUCCAUCCUACUGUAGGAUGGUCAUGAACUAAAAAAUGUAACCAAGGAAGUGAAAUUCUUUCAAUGAACUCAGACAACAGUAAGCACUUAUAGUGCACUUCCCAAAAUGUGAAAACAUAAUUGCAUCUCAUGCAGUUGUGGCAUUCUUUUACCAGUCCAUAUGUCUUUGCACUUAUGGAACAUUCAGACUGAAAUACUGAUAUCAAAGUUGAACUAUCCAAAAUAACUGAUUUUAUGGAAUCCAAUGUGAAGCCAAAAGGGAGUCAAUUUUGGUCAUCUCAUAAGUGACAAAUCCCAUUGAAAAACGGCUUUUUUGCAGAGACUACAAAUUCAUGUUACAGUCAAUACAAAUUGUCCUCGUCGACUACUUGCCUGAAGAGUGAGUAUGUGGCUGCCCACUUUAAAUGAAACAACACCAGUAGCAUAAGGAAAAUGUGAGGUAGCACUGUUUUUGAAAUUGCUUUUUAUGACUACAACUUAGUAGAAAAGCAUCAUAGAAAUAUUGUUGCUGCUCAAAGGGCAAAAGGUGUUGCCACUGCGCACCAUGUUCCAGUAACUGGGAGAUGUUCCAGUUUGGAAAAUACAAUGUGGACAUCAUAGAGAUGCUGAGUGGACACCAAUCCCAUCAGUUCAAAGGUCUUGGAUUAGAACGACAACUUCAACACCAACAGCAAGUGCAGCUUCACCAACACCAGUUACAGCAGCAGCAAGGUGAGACAUCUGGGUCAAUUUUGUCUGGACUUGGCUUAGGCCCACUACAAGCAUCUAGAGGCAGUGCCUUUACAGAUUCUGCAUCAAUUUUUGCAAAAAUGAGUGCACCUCCCCCACCUCUGCAACAACAAUCCCUCUCUUCAUCUCAAAGUUUGAGGAAAUCCAGCAAAAUGUCUGGAAGCAGUAGCAGUGGUGGAAGUCAUGUGAGUGGAUACCCCCAGUUUUUGCGCUCAUUCCACCCAACUGAGACAACCCUUUCACAAGAGCAGUUACAUUCAGGAGUAGGGCGAUUUGAUCAUUUUGCCAGCAGUAGUGGAAGUGGAGGAACUGCAGGGGCAAUUGGAGGACUGGUUUCAUCUGUUCCACCACCCCCGUUGCAUCCUAGUCUGUCAGUACCUCAGCCCUCCCCUGGUCCGUCGUCCUCCUCCCCAUCUCCUUCAAGUUCUGUUUCAACUUCCAAUAACCCUCCCAGCAGUAGUGCAGUAACUACCUUUAGUCAUCAGUUGGCAGGAUCUCAGUCUGACGCUCGAAGCCUACAUCAACAGUUUAGCUGCAUGUUAGCCGCAAAUCAGUAUUUUCUUUCUGGAGUACCAGCCAAUUCCAGUCUAGAACAAUUUUUAGUUCAGCAAGGCAGUCAUAACCAUCUUGGUCUUGGUCUGGGCCAAGCUGCAGGAGAAACUAGUUCAGCCCUUGCGCCACCCCCUGCUCUUCAUUCUUCACACACUCAUGGUCACUUAACUGCAUUAUCACAGCCUCAACAGCCACCAUCACAACAUCAGCAACUACCACCUCACACUUUGUCUCACCCUCACCCACAUCCACACCAUCCACUGCACUCCUCAUCGCAACCUUCUUCGCUUGGAGGUUUUGACUUUCAAGGAAUCCCAGUACUCUCCUCCAACCAGCUUGCAUCUCUGAUGCAGCAGGAAGCCGGUUUGCCACUUCCGCUUCCUCUACAUCUUUCUUUAUCAAAAGAGGAUGGAAAGGGGGAUAGUGCUGUCGGAGGAGGUGGUAGGAGAAAGAAAGCCAUGGUUGGCUACCUGCCACAGAGAAAGUCUGAAAGCAGCAACAACAAUAGCAGCAGCGGUCACAGCUCUACAAACCCCAACAGUAGCACUUCAGGGGGACUCAACCAGGAGAACACACCAGGCUUAGAUGGAGGUGGGGGUGUUAGUUUGUCUGGUAUUGGUGGGGACCCUUCUUCCCACCUAACCUCAUUAUCCUCUACUUCUGUUGUCUCAUCAUCUUCUUCUGCACCCUCUUCUACAUCAGCAUCAGUUUUGGUGACAAAUGGCUCUAAAACAGACAGCCAUGGUUCCAUGCCACCUCAGUCUCAGCCUGAACAAGAACCCCUUUAUCAUUGCGGCGAGUGUGGCAAAACUUUCACACAUCUCUCUAGUCUGCGCAGGCACCUACGUAGCCAUGAAUUAACUACAGCUGGCACAAGCGGCAUGAGAAGUAGCAUUAUAAACCCAGUUCUGCAUCCUUCUGAUCCAAGUAUUCCCCACUCUACUCAAGAGGAUGCAGCCUCAUCUUCGUGCGGCAGUCCUGACAAGACUUUUCAUUGUUCUGAGUGUGGAAAAUGUUUCAAGAAAAAGGGGCACCUACUUCAACAUGGUGUCAUCCACUCUGGCGCACGGCCCUAUGCCUGCACUACUUGUAGUCGUGCUUUCAAUCGUCGUGAGUCACUCACCCGCCAUGAAAAAAUACAUGAAGACAAACCUUUCCGCUGUCCAGCCUGUGGUCGUUGUUUUCGGGAAAGUACAUCCCUUUUGAACCAUGCAGCCUCGGGCACCUGUGGCAAGUCAGGCCGUACACCAAGACCUAAGCAUGAAAGUAAUAUAGAAAGCAAGAGCAAUAAAGCUGGGGGCUCCCAAGAUGGAAUAGCGACUAAUGCAGCGGGUUCUUACCGGAGUGAUGAUUUCAGUGAUGACUACAAGGACCAGCGCUCUCAAAGUAACUUGUAUUCUGGAACAACAACAUGUGGUGGUGGCAGCAUGACAGGGACUGCACUUAGGAAGGCACCAUUAGCUCCUACUCUGCAUCCACACCCACAAAACCAAAGCCAGCAGCAUCAUCAACAGCCACAUCUCCCACUUUCAUCCCUGUUAGAGGAUUCUGAAGAUGAUGUCACUAGCUCUGUCAACAGUGCCAUUUCUGCUAUCACUGCUGCAACUGCAAAUUGUAUGAGUGGUGAUCUUGCCCAUAGUGGAGGUAGAGGGGAUGAUCGAAGGGAUAUCAUUGGUGGAUUGCUUGGAGGUCUGGGUCUAGGACCUCUUGCCUCACCUAGUGGUCCGUUAUCAACAUCUGUCAUGGAAAAGUCCUUUAGAGGAACUAUUAACCCAAGUGCAUUGGCCCUCAACCAGCAACCAAAUCAGCAGACACCUGGUGGAAAGCCCAAGCGCCCUCGUAAGCCCCGCAAGAAGAAGGAACCUGGUGUGGUUGGUGUUGAGCCCCCUAAAAGAAGGCAGUCCUCUCACAGACCAGGAGGGACAGGUGGUGAUGUUAGACCUUAUUUGUGCAGCGUCUGUGGUCGAGGAUUUGCAAGAAGAGAGACCUUGCGGAGGCAUGACAGAAUACACACUGGAGAAAAGCCUCACCAUUGUAAUGUGUGUGGCAAGUACUUCAGAGAGGCAUUCCAUCUUAGCAAGCACCACACAGUGCAUUCUGGAGAGAAGAACUACAAAUGUAUCCUGUGUGGAAAGGACUUUGGAUACGCUCAGAGCCUUAAAAGACAUGGUAAGCUACACCAGAAAGGAGAAAUGGAAGAAGUGCCAACCACGCCAGGUGUGGAAAACCUUAACCGCUAUCCAUCCUCUAGUGGCAGCUUGAUUCAAGGGGGUCAAAGCGGCGGCUCUUCUUUCUAUUCAUAUACUCAAGAUGUCAAGCCACAGACAUCAACGACUCAAUCCCCUCCUAGACUGUACACAUGUGCGAUAUGCUGGAAAUCGUUCCGCCAUCACUUUCACUUGACGGCACAUCACCAAACUGUUCAUGAGGGUGGUGGAGAAAAGCUGUUUUCUUGUGAAGUGUGUGGUAAGGCAUUUGCAUACUCUAACAGCCUUACACGACACAGGCUUUCUCAGCAUGGCUUAACACGGAAUGGCCAGCCAGUUGCUCAAAGGAGCACAGGGGAAGAUAACAGUGUUGGUGUUACGAUACCGGAAAGCGAAGCUGCUACAAAUGCUUUGCUUCAGCUCGCACCACCUAGUGGCACACAUGCUGAACAACAUGGAGUUCUUCAUAGCCAGCAGGCUCCUCCCCAAACACAAGCUGGCUACUCCCCUCUGUUCUAUAUACCCGAUACCAAUGCUGCACAGAAUGCCUCCUCUUAUUCUCAUUCUCUGCCGUCAACUUCCUCAGGGCCUCUUCUUUGUAACCAUCAGCAACACCACACUGGGAUAAAGGGUGAACCCAUUUAUCACACUGGUCAUGUGCAUACUCUUGCUCCAAACAUACCAGUGCAUUCCCUCGCGUUGCCUCCAUCAGAGCCACAUCAGCACCACCACAAUUCCCAGCAGCAUUCAGCUGAGUUUCAAUCUACACACCACCACACUUUUCAAAGCCAAGAGGAGUUGAGGAGACGGAAGAAAAAAAAAAAAAGACAGCAAGAGAGAGAGGAGAUAGGCUACAAAUGGACCCCGGCUGCAAAAGUAGAGAGAGAACAGGUGGAGGCCUCCCUUGGGGAAAAGCAGAGAAAUGAGAUUAGAAAACUUGUUAAAAGAAGGAGAGCAAUUCACAGGACGCAACAUAAAAUUAAGAAGCGCAUGGCUGUGCUCGUGAGAAUCAGACGUGGAAGUGGAGGAAGUGCUGUGUAUGAACUGGGCCUUCCAGGUGGACUGAAGCUUAACAGGCUUCGUUCUCUCAAAGUUCCUCUGAAACGAAAGUCCUGUCCCCUUUGCCUUGGUGCUACCUUCUCUCAACAGGUAGCCCUUAAAGUUCACAUAGCAGCUAGACAUUGUCCCAAAGUGAGAGGCCUUCAGCAUCGUUUGAAAUGUCCAGUUUGUGGAAAACAGUCUCGCAAGUUCCUCUCAGCUCUCAUUCACAGAAGCUCCCAUUUAGCCAACAGAGCUUUUUCUUGUAAACAUUGUCCCUGUCGUUUCUGGAAUGCAAUGCUCCUCACACGGCAUAAGAAGGUGUGUCGUGGGACAUUGGCUAAGUUUCAACGAGAUAGGGCUCUUUGUGUUAAAUUAGUCAUGGGAUCAACAUACAGGAGGUUUGAGUGUAAAGGGAACUCUUCAUCCUUGCAUAUGGAAUAUAGUCACUAAGUUUUGCCAUUAAACUCAUUUUCAUAUGCACUUUUAGAAGAGAAGUGUUGCGAUUUUCAUGAGAAGAACUGAGAUAUCUGACUGAAUACAUCUUAUGCUCAUGUAGGCAUUGACUUUUGUGUUAUGAGAGCUUUUUCUUUUCACUCUCAUUCAUAUUAAAUUUCCUCUUGUAACUUGGACCCCUGAAAAUGAACACCUUCAACAAACUCACAAAUGUAUCGAAGACAUUUGUCUUAAUGAAAUGCUUAGCCUACCCAUCUGUUCAAUACCACACCGGUCUUCUAAGCGGAAACUCUUGUUCAUAUUGAAAUUAUCCUUGGCUGGCAAUAGAUGAAGUUUCAGUGAUUUGGCAAAUAUUGUAUUGUGCCCUAACAGUGGGUUAUUGCUCACCUCAACAGAUGCUCUGUAGAAUUAUUCUAUCUCUGAUAUAUAUUGUGUUGUUGGUGUUCACUUAGAGCAAGUGUGGAGAUGUGAUUUUGUUAAUGUAAAAAGUGCAUUCAGUAUCAGGAGAAAAAAGGGUCCUGCUAGGAAGAUGAGUAUUUUAUUUUAAGGAAUAUUUAAAUGACUGCAUGUUGGACAUUACUGUCCGUGUGUUGAAAGGUCAAUGCCAGUGAUGAGACUUUGGACUCUGAUGGUUACAUGACAAAUCCAAUUGAAAAUGUAUCUUAACUCUUAAUAGAGGAACCAUAAGAAAUGAAUGCAUAAUACAUGCUGAUUAACAAUUCUUAAAAUCAAUUGUGAGCCCUGUUUUGAUUUAUUUAUUUACUUAAAGAAAACUAUACCACUAAGAUGGUAAUGCCAGCACUUAAACAGGAAAAAUAUGAUUUUUCACAUAACCAUAAAGGACAAAAAAUGUAAUACCCAUAGAUUAUUGCCCUAAAGGCAAAAGCCUUCCCAAAUUGUGACCGUUAAAACAACACAUUUUAUGGGUAAUACAAUGUAGCGUCUAUGUAUAGAGCUUACUGGAGGAAUGGAAAGAAAUAUGUGUACUGUAAUGUAAAUUGUGUCAAUAUUUUAUUAUGUUUUUUAAGCAAAAGUCAAUCUUUUUAUCAUAGCUACACUUCAGGUAGUUGGAAGAGUGAUUGUAAGAGUUAUCACUUUAGAUCCGGUCUUGAUUAAGUGUAUUAAUGUGUGACACAGUCUGUCCACUUGCCAACUAUGAACGUAUCCCAUGUACUUUUCUCACCUUUCAUGUAGAGAUCCCAUACUACUUAUAGCCUCUUUUUCUUUAAAAGAAGAAAAGUAAUAAGUAUGUUUCUAUCACUUUAUUUACACAUGGUAAGCUGGUUGUUGAUGAUACCCAAGCAUUUAAUAAAAUUGUAAAAUGUUAUA